CACUGCGAGCACCGCCCCGUUCCCAACGUCUUGUGUUACAUUAUUGGGCUGUACUGUCAGUUUAAAAAAAAAACCAUAACAACAAAGAGAGAGAAAAAAAUUGACGCUUCAGGACAGUUUCAUGUCAAUACCAGGUAUGAGUAUAAACAUGUAUUGUGACAAUAUCCAUAACUGGUAAAUCGUGUGACCGUGAAAAUGAACCACUGACAGUGAUUACAAACGAAGGAUUAAAUGACAAGUUGAAUAUUACCAGCUGUUCUUCAGUAAUCAUUGUCAUGAGUGAUGGGAACUUGAGUGUUGAUUUAAAAAGCACAAGUGUAUCCUAAAUCAACGAAUGGUGAUAAGUGAAUUGAUGAAGAACAUAAGAUCAGUGAGGAUGCAGGAAGAUAAUCAGCAAGUACCAACGACAACGUCAUCAAUGACAUCGACGGACUUUCGUGAGGCUGAGUCGUCAACAGAAUCAACAACUAUUGACUCGAGUCUGCCUAAUCUGACACUACAGAGUGUUGCGUUGGGCUUACAGGGUGCCCUGUUGGCAGCCCUUCAGCGAGCAGCUUUGUUACCACCUGGGCCAGCAGCAGCUGCCCUGAAUCUCCAAGCAUUGGAGACUUAUCUGACCCUUCACAGAUUGCACGCAAGUGGAGCAACAAGUGUCUCAUCAUCAUCAACACCGUCAACUACAAGCUUUCCGGGCAUCUCGAUAUCCCAGAGAUGUCUGUCCCUCAACAUGACGAGCACCAGUCCCUUGACAUCAGGAUCAUCUCCAAUCAAGAGUGACCUUGGUAUCGAGGUACUCCAGUCAACAGCCCUGGAUGACGACGAGGUGUCACACUUGGAGUUCGUCACCGAUCCGGAGGAGGAUCUGGCCCUUCUCGAGGAGGAGGAGUCCCUCAUCCAGGAGACCCCGGAGACAUCGUCAGCAUCAACAACAACUCAUCACGACGCACUACUCCAGAGAAUCACUGAUGUUCAAGCACCAUCACCAACACCACAAUCACAACCACCAACAACGUCAUCGGUACAAGCCACCUCCACCUCAGGAGACACAAACCUAUCCCGCAAUUGUCGUGCGUCACGGCCGAAGAAACAGUUCAUCUGUAAAUUCUGUAGCCGACAAUUUACCAAAUCUUAUAAUCUCCUGAUACACGAGAGGACACACACCGACGAGAGACCGUACUCCUGUGACAUAUGUGGAAAGGCCUUCCGACGGCAGGAUCAUCUCAGGGAUCACAGGUAUAUUCAUAGUAAAGAGAAACCUUUCAAAUGCGCUGAAUGCGGAAAAGGUUUUUGCCAGAGUAGAACAUUAGCUGUACACAAGAUACUACACAUGGAGGAGUCACCACACAAAUGUCCAGUUUGCGCAAGGAGUUUCAAUCAACGAAGUAAUUUGAAGACACACCUUCUGACACACACUGACAUUAAACCGUAUCAUUGUGGCUCUUGUGGCAAAGUAUUUCGGAGAAAUUGCGAUUUGAGAAGGCACUCGUUGACUCACAAUCUCGGUGUAUCAUCAUCACCACCACCACCUGGUAUACCUGUACCAGGUUCCAGUGGUGUUCUUCAAGAGACUUCAUAGUAUUUCUAAAAUCAUAAAAUCAAGAUGAUGAAACAAAAAAGUUCCCUAAUUAAUUAUGUAAAAUUAUGAGAUUAGACGAAAAGACUUUAUCUGAUCAUAGUUCAGUGAUAUCAAUCAUCAGAUUUCGCCCAGAAUCUCAGUUCCAUUGAUAUUAAAUCACUUCGGCUCGUGCUCAUACUGAUCUUAUCUGUAAUUUAAUCAUAAUUGUAUAUUACAGAUUAUGUAAAGUUAUGUUUAUUAGAUUUGUGAUUACGUGGAGAU